AUGAGAUCAAAGUCCUCAGAGAAACCUACCUCCAAGCUGCAUUUCGUCGAGUCAGAGUAUCAAAAUGUCCUUUCCAUGCCUCCUACCAAUGCGGAUCGUACGCAGGAAGAAAAGACCCCAGUGAAUUCGUUAUCAUCACCGCCAGGCAAAGAUUCGCAAUUCUGCCUCGAAGAUUUUGAAUUGCAACAUUUUUUCCUAUCUUCAACUUGCUUUACACUAGUCGAGGACGAGCCAAGCCUUCAGUUUUGGUCGUCUGCUGUUCCUCGUGUGGGAUAUAGGUUUCCUCUAGUACAUCAUUUAAUGCUUUCGCUAGCAUGUUUACAUAUGUCACGCAGUGAUGAUUAUCAACAGAACCACUGCAUAUUACGAUUUGAUUAUCACUAUGGCCGCGGACUGCGCCUGAUGUCUGCUUGUCUAAGUGAAGCUAUCGGUGAUGAUUCUGAAGCCAUGUGGAUCGGUUCAAUUCUUAUUUGUUUGGUCACCAUGGCGAGAGGGCCCUCGAAAGGCAAUUUCCUAUUUUUCGGAAGUGAGGGGCCAGUUGAGUGGAUUUCGCUCCUCCAAGGGGUCAAUUUGAUCUCGAACAUGAUCCAAAAACGACGCCAAACAAACAGCCGGGAGCAGGUAUCGCUGUCUACCUCCUUUCGGGAUCGUUGCGUAUAUCAAGAUAUUAUAUACGGGCUUAAACGCUUUACUACAGAACAGGCUGCCUCAGACCCUCUUCUUCAGACCUAUCUAUUCGCGAUUGAUGGUGUUCUAGAAGCAUUCAAUUCGGCAUUCCAUGACCAUGCUCUUGACCAGCAUGAUCCGUCUCCUGCCAAAAUUGAGCCGUUUGGGUUCGUCUUGUUCACGUGGGUUACUCAUAUGGAGAGAGGCUUUUGGGAUGCACUGCAGAGAAAAGAAGCCUUGCCUUUGGUGAUUGUGGCUCAUUUCGUGGUAGUAAUCCAUCGGAUGAACAAAAGCUGGCUAUCACAUGGGUGGCCAGCACAUAUUUUACAAGGCAUCUGGACAUUUUUGAAAGAGGAAGACCGCGAAUUGAUCAAAUGGCCGAUGGAUCAAAUUCGAGUGUCUACCUAA